UAGGAGCGUGAGAAGUAAACAUCGUUCGUGAACGCAACAGCGUUGUACAUAACGGGAGAUUAAUCAACACACCAAAACAAACGCAGAUAAAUAUUAUUCGGCUGUGGGUGUCUGAAAUUUGUUCCUCCCAAUGCCGCGACGGCUAAAUAAGAGGUCUGAGGAAAAAUAAUUAUGUGCCUUUUAGAAGUAGCUUGGCUUGCUAUUGUAGCUUAAACCAGCUAAUACGAUGCUCACAUUCAUUCGGCUAAUAGGCGCUAGCCAGCUAAGCUAGCGGCGGUCAGUGGAGUAGAACCUGCUGCCUAUUUUGCCUUAUUUUUUAUCAAAACAUUUAAAAACUAGCUUUUCAUAAUAGGUAGCUAGCGAAAAUAAACUGGAAGGUUGACAACUAUUUUUACGUCGCCUCUUUACUGCCUGGAACUCCAGAAUGGGAAUGUGCUUACCGUGCCUUGGUGGAGCAGCGGAUGACGUUGUUGUCACCCCAGAUCCUGAGACAAGAAGACAGCAACUGGCGGAAGCAGCUGAGAAGAGACAAAAAGAGAGAAGCCACUGGCAAACCAAUACGAGUCGUGCUAGAGUUGUGUCCAGACGGCGUACAGGGGAGUCAAAAAUCCCGAAGCAGUUGAAAGGAAAAGGAAGAAACAAGAAGAAAGUGAGAAACAGGAGAUGACCGCCUCUGUGUCUGGUGGUGGAGGAUUAAAGUGGCAGGUUGGAUGAAGACCCUGAUGUCUCUUCUCUGAUCUUCAAACAAACAUGAAGUAUUUCUACAGGACUACUGGGAAGACCUUGAAACUGCUGUCUAGUUAAAUCCUUUUUUUUUUUUUUUUCUAUUUUUGUUCUAAAACAUUUGACAGUCAUCAGACUGGACUGAAACACUUCAAGUUUCAGACAAAUCACAGUUGUAGUUGCCAAACGCUAGUUUAGCCCUUUGGACGAGUCGGUGAAGACGCACUGAUGUUGAGACAAACCUAUUAUUCUCUGGUAUUAGUAUUUAUUUGAUGCUUGAUGAAGCACAGACUAAGAGAUUAUUUAUGAUGACAGAAUGGUUCAUUAUGUUUUUGCUUUAAUGAUGAAGGAGUACUAUGACCUGCAGCUCAUAAUGGCCACAUAAGUUUAACUUGACCAGCAUUCAAAAUCUCAGUUUCCAUCAUUUUAACACUCGUUCAUCUGUCGUAGAUUUCAACUUUUGCUGCACUAAGACAAUGAAAAUGUAACUUUAGUCCCUCCCUCCUGCUUUUGUUGUCACAAGGGUGUGGUGAUCAGUGCAGUUUUAAUACAACAGAUGAAAAUCAUUUGAUGACGGAUGUUAAAGUGGGCACGGUGUGGUUUAAAACCACGACAGUUUCUAACUCGGUUACUCUGUCAAGCACAGUUCCAGCUGCUACAACCUGCUCUAGAUUUAUAGAAGCCAACUCUGAAAUGAUCACAUCACUGGUUCCCAGCGGUUUUACCUAAAAGCUAAAUUAGGACACAAUGAAGGACACAUUAUUCUACAUCUAUCCAUUAAAGCAGUGGUGGGGAACCCGGGUCCCGGAGGACCACCAUCCAGCAUAUUUUAGUUGUUUUCCUUCUCCAACACCACUGAUUUAGUGGUUGAAUCACCUGUUCAGCAGCUCAUCAAGCUCUGCAGAAGCCUGUUUAUCAUCUGUUGAUUAAAAUCAGAUGUGUUGAAGCAGGGAAACAACAAAAAUAUGCAGGAAAAUGACCCUCAAGGCACCAGAAUUCACCACCCCUGCAUUCAAGGCUGUUUUCUUGUUUUUACAUCCGUUAUAGUGAACAAUAAGAUUGUCUUAACCCUCCCACUGUCCUAAUGGGCGUGACCCCACGAGGAAAGUUGACCAUUGAGCAGGAUGGAUGGUUUAUCCCUUGAGGUCCACGUGGCAGGGGUGAGGUGGUGCUCACUCCUCACCCCUGCCACGUGGACCUAAGGGCUAAACCAUCCAUCCUGCUCAAUGGUCAACUUUCCUCGUGGGAUCACGCCCAUUAGGACAGUGGGAGGGUUAAGGACUUUCCAGAAAUGAUAUUAAGACUACACAUCGGGGUCUCGACCCCAGGAACCACUGCUCUAGACGUAGCGUGGUCCAGACAUGCCCUAAUUUAAGUUGUGUGUUUCUUAUCGCACUUUACAAUCUCAUUGCCUACUUGGUGGAUUAUUUCCCUGUUUGAUGACAUGAAACAUGCUGUAUUUAAAACUUUAAUUUAAAAGAGGUUUAAAUUUUAAUAUGUAUGACUGUUAAUAUUUAGAAAAACGAUAAACAUUAUCUCCUGCUCUUUUAUGGUAAAAAAAAAAACUUAUGAGCUUUGUUGAGGGAAACUGAAUGAACUUUGACUGGCUUAUGUGAGUGCAUUCCUUGCAGCCUUCUCCUGACCCUUAAAUGCUUCUGGUGCUCUUUUUGUUUUCUAACACAAUAUCUUGCCAAUGUUUGCUACAAUAAACAAAUCACAUUUCUGCUA